AUGGUCUCUUCACGCGCGCUUACUCUGAACCUGGCGGGGCUCAGUGCUCUGGUAUCCAUCUCCCUUGCUACUCCUAUUGAGCAUGCCAACCAUUUUGACUUGAGGCCCUUCUCUAUCAAUCUCUCGAGAGGAGUUCCUCGAAUGCUUGAACUUAUCAAGGACACAAAGCUUCCAGACAAAGAGGAGUAUCCGGGGGUUGGAUCAUCGGCUGGCAUUGGUCUUGACGUUGUUAAAAGUCUGCAGAGAGAAUGGACUGUUGACUUUGACUGGCACAAAGAAGAAGCCAAGUUGAAUAAGUAUCAUCAUUAUACGGCCGAUAUCGAGAAUUUGUCAAUCCAUUUUAUCCACGAAAAGUCUCACGACGCAGAAGCGAUUCCGCUUCUACUUAACCAUGGCUGGCCGGGAUCGUUUCUGGAGUUUUUGCCAGUGAUAAACAAUUUGACGCAGAAAGCAACCACUUCAACCGGUAAACCUAUUUCGUUUCACGUUAUUGUACCGUCGAUGCCAGGAUUCGCUUUCUCAUCGGCCCCGCCGGCGAAUUGGACCGUUGACGAUACGGCACGCGUCUUCAACACCCUGAUGACCAAAGUUUUGGGCUAUGAGACAUUCGCAACCUUUGGAACCGAUUUUGGCGCCGGACCAGCGUACAGUCUCUACGAUAACUUUAAUUCGUCAACACGCGCCGCACACUUUGCCUUCCUACCGUUUUUUCCACUCCCCCCAGAUCAAUUGGCGGCAGAGAAUAUUACGCUUUCGAAAUUGGAGCAGUCAGAGGAACAGAACUUUGUAACCUGGUCAACCACUGGAAACGCAUAUUUUUCUGAACAAGCGACCAAGCCCAAUACGAUCGGACUUGCGCUUCAGGAUAACCCAAUUGGACAGCUGGCGUGGAUGGGCGAAAAGUUCAUAUCUUGGUCCGAUCCGAAAGCGGGAACAGCUCCCUCGGUUCUGAACCACAACCAAAUCUUACUAUCUACGUCACUUUACUACCUCACACGGUCCUUCCUCUCUUCUGUAUACGUUUACUUUCAGAACCCGAACGGAUUCAAGUCUGUGUAUACCAAGGCUAAAACGGAUGCACCUCUUCUAUUCAGUGCUUUCCAGUAUAACGUUGCGUUUUGGCCUCAAGCACUGGUAGCAAAGGUUGGAAACUUGGUCAUGUAUAACAAUCAUGAAUUCGGAGGUCACUUCCCAGGACUUGAUAACCCACCGGCUCUUAUUCAAGACUUGAGAGAGAUUGGCAACUACUGGGACCGGGCAUGA